AUGGAAUUUCUAAGAAAAUCUUUGAUUUUCUGUCUUUCGUUGGUCAUAGGCAUUGAAGGAUACACAACCCAACCUAGCAUGCAUGAUUGGGAAUAUGAGCUGAAAUCACUGGAAACACAAUCCUCCAAUACAGACUUAGUCCAGUUCUAUGACAUGAGUAUUGUUAGAGUCAGUCGUGGUGUUUACGCUUGCGCAGGAACCCUCUUCCUGAAUUAUGACAUUGUGGAAGGUGAUUCCAAUGAGAUGGAGAUGAUAACGUCUUACAGCAAUAACCCAAAUAGGGAUUUUGGGCGCAUACCUUUCUCUAUGCCACGAAAACACUUUUUUGAGUUCAUGAAUGGUUUCUACAAAAAUGGAUUGAUGAGUUCACUAAAGGAAUGCUCGGAUUUCCCCAUAUUCGAGGGAGAUUUUGUGCCACCUCUUGAGAAGAGAAACUACACCAUGAACAAUUGUAUUUUCAGCAAAGAGGGAUUUCCUAAACAUUUUAAAGAUGGUUUCUAUAAGGUUGAUAUUAUUGUGGUUGGUGAUGUUGACUGGUCAUUGCAUUUUUUACUCGAAAUUGAACGCAUUUAACGGUACAUUGU